AUUUUUUUCCAUUUGCAACUUUCAUGUUGACCCAGGGUUGACCAAUGGACACAGUCUUGUCUUCAGCGACUCCCUCAGCAACCGAUGUUAAUUCCUUUCUUUCCGCCGCAGAGAAGGAAGCACUCAAGGCGGCUACAUUUCAAAGACUACAUCCUCAAAUAUACUUAGAACGUUUUCUUGAAGAGAAGAUCAGACCAGAUGGAAGAUCUAUUGCUGAUGAUGAGAAUGAGGACACACAUGCAUGGAGGAAUGUCGAAGUCAACGUCGGGUCGAUAACAACCACCUCUGGGUCUGCACUCGUUCGUCUAGGAAACACGACCGUUGUAUGUGGAGUCAAAGCCGAAAUAUGUGAACCAGAGCUGGAUAAUUCAGAUGAAGGAUUUCUCGUUCCUAACGUCGAUUUGCCUGCACUGUGUUCACCUAAAUUCAAAACCGGCCCGCCCACAGAAGAAGCUCAGGUGCUUUCUGAAAGGUUGAAUGAAGUCCUUGGGAAUGGCAUGAUCCCGCUGUCGUCGCUAUGUAUAUAUCCAGGAAAAUCGGCCUGGGUUCUAUAUGUUGAUGCAACGGUCAUCAACUAUGACGGGAACGUUUUCGAUGCAGCUUUAUUGGCUAUGGUGUGUGCUUUGAAGAACGUCUCUUUACCUCAUGCCGAAUUCAACCCAGAGCUCAAUCGCACGAUUUGCACACGUCCAAAAUCUGAUUCAUCGAAGCCCGCUCGCAAAUUGAUCAUAGAGGAGGAUCUGGUCCCAUUGUCUUUUUCCUUUGGUGUUUUCGCUGGAUCCUACCUCUUACCCGAUCCAACCGCCUCCGAAGAAUCACUUCUUGACACAACUAUCUCAAUAAUCCUUAACACGCGCGCUCGAAUCCUUGCUCUUUCUCAGCUUGGAACCGGUGUGGAUAAAUCUGAGGCUCCAGGCCAGGGCGUGGCCGAUAUACCUCAUACGCGGGAAGCAGAUACAUUGGCCAGAUGUAUAUCCCUUGCGAAGAAGCGCCAGGCUGUUAUAAUGAAAAAGGUGUAUGAUACCUAGGAUCGAUAUCUCAUUUGCGGAGACAGCCAAGUCUUCUUACGGCCGACAAACAGCGAACGCAGUGAAUAUACCCAGGCAAUAUAAUCGUAAGUACACUAGAAGGUGGUACCUUCGUGUAUGUGGUGGGCGGAACGAAAACUUUCAUACGAACCUUCAAACGAGAUUCACGAGCUUAACAAACUUUUGGGGCCAAGAAAGUUGGAAAAAUGCACAUCCGCGACGGAAGUAAUAGUCCUUACGACUGUUCCGCCGAUACAGUUCAAUAUUAUAUACUAAAUCUCACUUGUGCAAUAACUUGGAGACUGUAACGAUCGAGGUAAUAUGUCAACAUCGAAUAUUGAUCAUCGAUAGAAAUGUUUACUAUAAACUACAACUUCAGUUAAAGCA